AUGCCACCUCGGAAAUCGACAAGGCAAAGUCAGGCGAAACAGCCAUCCUCAUCCCAGAUCAGGCCUCUUUGUCUAGACUCACCAGAUCUUACCGGCCCACCCGCCACCAAAAAGCGCAAGACCCUGACAUCGAUUGUUAGACCUCCAGUUUUUGACUUCUCAGGGGGUCAACCAGAGCGCCAAACACCGGAUGCUGGGAAUUCGAGGAGCAAGGGAAAGACCAAAGCGACAGAGACAGGGACUGGUCUUGAAAGUUCAGGACAAUACUCAGAUUCCUUGUGGGUUGAUCGCUGUGAGCCUGUCACCCAGGAUGACCUGGCUGUUCACAAGCGAAAAGUAUCGGACGUUCGUCAGUGGCUCCUCGAAUCAUUCAGCGGAGGACCCUCAGGCAGGUUGAAGCAGUAUAGGCGAAUACUAGCUUUGACUGGGCCUGCAGGCGCGGCAAAGACCGCCACAUUGCGAGUUCUGUCGCGUGAGUUGAACUUUCAGGUUAUGGAGUGGCGCAACAGCACGGACGAGCGAUUCAGCCGAGACAAUGCCUUUGAGAACGACGGAGCAGACGUGGAGCACAUGGAGUAUGAAAGCCUCGUAGACAAGUUCAGGAACUUCCUCACUCGCGCGGGGACCUGCCAGUCCGUUUUCUCUUCUGGACAGGUGCUCAGGAGUCACCCUACACGAUCUUCGCAGUCGUUUAGACCUCUCGCGCAGGGCUCGAGUCGGCCUAAUGCAUCUAGCCAAGGUCCCACUACACAAUCUAGCGUAGCACCAGACGGAAAACGGCAUGUGAUUCUUUUGGAAGAUCUCCCUAAUAUUCUACAUCUUGGCACGCAAGCAUCAUUCCAUAGCGCGAUCGAGGAAUUCGUAUCGUUGCCCGCCACGAGUGUGGCGCCGCUUGUAAUCAUCGUAAGUGAUGCAGGCUUGCGUGGAGAGGAUGUAGAGAAUGACGGGGGCAGCUGGCGAAGAGGGAAGGAAGCGGUUGACGUGCGCAGCGUACUACCGCCCUCGCUGAUCAACUCGCCCUAUGUCACGCAAGUCCGCUUUAACCCGAUCGCCCCCUCUCUCAUGCGCCCCGCCCUCCAGACCCUGCUCGACAAGCAUUUUCGCUCCGUACCAGAUAAUUUGCUGCCAAAAGAGGUCAUCGACGUCAUCGUCGAGUCGUCGAACGGCGACAUCCGUAGCGCUAUCAUGGCACUUCAGUUUGCAUGUCUUACAAAGGCAGGUGCGCGGGCGGGUGGUGCGGCCGUGAAGGGAGGCAAGGAAAAGAUGUCUCAGGCACGUGUAAUGUUGGGAGCAAUUACGAGGCGCGAGCAGAGCCUGGCGCUAUUUCACCUACUCGGAAAGCUCCUGUACAACAAACGAAAGGGAGACCCGCCAAACGCGUCAGCUUCAGCAAAGGACAAACAGCGAGACAAAGAGCUAGAUGCCACCCUGAAGGAACCACCGACGUUGCCGCUGCAUCUCAGGGUGCACGAACGUCGGGCAUCCAGAGUCGACAUCGAGACGUUGUAUGCGGACUCUCCUGUCGAUGCGUCUCUGUUGUCGCUGUAUAUUCACCAGAACUACACUCAGUAUUGCACCACGCUGGACGAAUGCGACUCCGAGGCUGACUGGCUGAGCUGGAUCGACUCCAGCGGAGGUGAAACUUGGCAUCAAGCGAAUCCGCACUGCUUCCAUCUGCUUGCAUUAAGUACGCUGCACUCGCUCCCCUCGCCAGUCGUGCGGCGGAGCCAGACGCCGUACAAGCCUGCGUUCUUUGAGGCGCUGAAGCGGGAGCGCGAGGCAGAAGAUGGACUGAGGGAUGUGCAAAUGUGGCUUCAACAUCAGCACAGUGAAUUUGGUGUUGGCGACUGGAGUCGACGGCGCAUCGCAUUGGAGCUCGGUGGGGUCUUGAAGGCGUGGGAUAGUCGAGGCAUGGCAUCAUCCAUUGCUUCCAAGACGCAUAAGCUGUCCUCGCGAAUGGAUUUUGGCGAAAACACAAGGCACGACGUACAGCUAACAGACGAGAGCGAGGGGCACCAAGAGCUUACUCUUGACAACGAGGACGGGAUAUAUACCCGACAUACUAGUGAGGCAGAGCAUGAAUUAGCGGGAAGAGGUGGUUGGUUGGAGGACGAUGACAUUGAGGACUUCUGA